AUGGGAAUUUCAUUGCUCUCCAGUUACUGUGGCGCACAGAUCUUUGAAAUAUAUGGAUUAGGAACAGAGGUUGUUGAUCUUGCAUUUUGUGGGAGUGUUUCAAGUAUUGGUGGAUUAACUUUUGACGAGUUGGCCAGGGAGACUUUAUCGUUUUGGGUGAAAGCUUUCUCCGAGGAUACGGCUAAAAGGCUUGAAAAUUUUGGAUUUAUACAAUUCAGAGCAGGAGGUGAAUACCAUGGAAACAACCCAGAGAUGUCAAAACUGCUCCACAAAGCUGUUCGCCAAAAGAGUGAAAAUUCUUAUUCUGUUUAUCAACAGCAUUUGGUUAACCGACCUGUGAAUGUUCUUCGUGAUCUUCUAGAGUUCAAAAGCGAUCGUUCCCCCAUUCCAGUUGGUAGGGUUGAAUCUGCUUCAAGUAUUGUUCAGCGGUUCUGCACUGGUGGAAUGUCACUUGGAGCUAUUUCCAGGGAAACUCAUGAAGCAAUUGCCAUUGCAAUGAACAGAUUAGGUGGAAAAUCCAACUCCGGAGAGGGUGGAGAGGAUCCAAUUCGCUGGAGCCCACUCACUGAUGUUGUUGAUGGGUACUCUCCCACACUGCCACAUCUCAAAGGUCUUCAAAAUGGCGAUACUGCUACAAGCGCUAUCAAGCAGGUUGCUUCUGGACGUUUUGGUGUCACUCCAACAUUCUUGGUCAAUGCUGAUCAGUUAGAAAUCAAAAUUGCCCAAGGUGCAAAGCCUGGUGAAGGUGGUCAACUACCUGGGAAAAAAGUGAGCGCAUAUAUUGCCAGACUAAGAAAUUCUAAACCAGGCGUUCCACUUAUAUCUCCGCCUCCGCACCACGACAUUUACUCUAUUGAGGAUCUUGCUCAAUUGAUUUUUGACCUUCAUCAGGUUAAUCCUAAGGCUAAGGUAUCUGUAAAGCUCGUGGCAGAAGCUGGAAUCGGUACAGUGGCUUCUGGGGUUGCAAAGGGUAAUGCUGAUGUUAUACAGAUAUCAGGGCAUGAUGGAGGUACUGGAGCCAGCCCCAUAAGUUCCAUUAAACAUGCUGGUGGUGAAUACCAUGGAAACAACCCAGAGAUGUCAAAACUGCUCCACAAAGCUGUUCGCCAAAAGAGUGAAAAUUCUUAUUCUGUUUAUCAACAGCAUUUGGUUAACCGACCUGUGAAUGUUCUUCGUGAUCUUCUAGAGUUCAAAAGCGAUCGUUCCCCCAUUCCAGUUGGUAGGGUUGAAUCUGCUUCAAGUAUUGUUCAGCGGUUCUGCACUGGUGGAAUGUCACUUGGAGCUAUUUCCAGGGAAACUCAUGAAGCAAUUGCCAUUGCAAUGAACAGAUUAGGUGGAAAAUCCAACUCCGGAGAGGGUGGAGAGGAUCCAAUUCGCUGGAGCCCACUCACUGAUGUUGUUGAUGGGUACUCUCCCACACUGCCACAUCUCAAAGGUCUUCAAAAUGGCGAUACUGCUACAAGCGCUAUCAAGCAGGUUGCUUCUGGACGUUUUGGUGUCACUCCAACAUUCUUGGUCAAUGCUGAUCAGUUAGAAAUCAAAAUUGCCCAAGGUGCAAAGCCUGGUGAAGGUGGUCAACUACCUGGGAAAAAAGUGAGCGCAUAUAUUGCCAGACUAAGAAAUUCUAAACCAGGCGUUCCACUUAUAUCUCCGCCUCCGCACCACGACAUUUACUCUAUUGAGGAUCUUGCUCAAUUGAUUUUUGACCUUCAUCAGGUUAAUCCUAAGGCUAAGGUAUCUGUAAAGCUCGUGGCAGAAGCUGGAAUUGGUACAGUGGCUUCUGGGGUUGCAAAGGGUAAUGCUGAUGUUAUACAGAUAUCAGGGCAUGAUGGAGGUACUGGAGCCAGUCCCAUAAGUUCCAUUAAACAUGCUGGUGGUCCUUGGGAACUUGGACUUGCUGAAUCACAUCAGACACUUAUCAAAAAUGGACUUCGAGAAAGGGUCAUUCUCAGAGUUGAUGGUGGAUUCAAAAGUGGAGUUGAUGUCCUAAUGGCUGCAACAAUGGGUGCUGAUGAGUAUGGAUUUGGUUCUGUGGCAAUGAUUGCUACUGGAUGUGUCAUGGCUCGCAUUUGCCACACGAAUAAUUGUCCAGUUGGUGUUGCUAGUCAGAGAGAAGAAUUACGAGCUCGUUUUCCUGGUGUUCCCGGUGACCUUGUCAACUUCUUUCUAUAUGUUGCUGAGGAGGUUGCUUCUGGACGUUUUGGUGUUACUCCAACAUUCUUGGUCAAUGCUGAUCAGUUAGAAAUCAAAAUUGCCCAAGGUGCAAAGCCUGGUGAAGGUGGUCAACUACCUGGGAAAAAAGUGAGCGCAUAUAUUGCCAGACUAAGAAAUUCUAAACCAGGCGUUCCACUUAUAUCUCCGCCUCCGCACCACGACAUUUACUCUAUUGAGGAUCUUGCUCAAUUGAUUUUUGACCUUCAUCAGGUUAAUCCUAAGGCUAAGGUAUCUGUAAAGCUCGUGGCAGAAGCUGGAAUUGGUACAGUGGCUUCUGGGGUUGCAAAGGGUAAUGCUGAUGUUAUACAGAUAUCAGGGCAUGAUGGAGGUACUGGAGCCAGCCCCAUAAGUUCCAUUAAACAUGCUGGUGGUCCUUGGGAACUUGGACUUGCUGAAUCACAUCAGACACUUAUCAAAAAUGGACUUCGAGAAAGGGUCAUUCUCAGAGUUGAUGGUGGAUUCAAAAGUGGAGUUGAUGUCCUAAUGGCUGCAACAAUGGGUGCUGAUGAGUAUGGAUUUGGUUCUGUGGCAAUGAUUGCUACUGGAUGUGUCAUGGCUCGCAUUUGCCACACGAAUAAUUGUCCAGUUGGUGUUGCUAGUCAGAGAGAAGAAUUACGAGCUCGUUUUCCUGGUGUUCCCGGUGACCUUGUCAACUUCUUUCUAUAUGUUGCUGAGGAGGUAAGAGGCAUGUUGGCACAGUUGGGCUACGAGAAGCUAGAUGAUGUAAUUGGGCGCACAGAUCUACUAAGACCUCGAGACAUCUCACUGAUGAAAACCCAGCAUCUUGACCUUAGUAAUGUGCUUUCUAAUGUUGGAUUACCAAAAUGGAGCAGCACAACAAUCAGGAAUCAAGAUGUUCAUAGUAAUGGUCCUGUUCUGGAUGACAUCCUGCUUUCAGAUCCAGUGAUAACAGAUGCAAUUGAGAAUGAAAAGGUGGUCAAUAAGACUGUCAAAAUCUACAAUGUGGAUCGUGCUGUUUGUGGGCGUAUAGCAGGCGUAGUUGCAAAGAAAUAUGGUGACACUGGUUUUGCUGGGCAGCUGAAUAUAACAUUUACAGGGAGUGCUGGGCAGUCGUUUGCUUGUUUUCUGACACCUGGGAUGAACAUCCGAUUAGUAGGUGAAGCAAAUGACUAUGUGGGAAAGGUUUGUUGACCCAUCUGAUGCAUGUGGAGUUUUUCAGUACAUUUACUUUUUCUUCAGUUAUAUUGCUGGUGAGGUUUAGCUGCUGUAUUCCAAGGAUGGGAAAUACAUUAACUAAAUUUUAUACAGGCUUCAUCAGUUUGAAUGUCGUAUAGUCUUUUCAGCCACAGCAUUGAUGAUUAAAUAUGUAUUAAAUAAUUGGGUUAAUUGCAUUGGAGGUUUCCAAAGUAUGAGAUUUGUUGCAUUUUGGUUCCCAAUAUUUCAAUUGCAUCAUUUUAGUUUCUAAAGUAUUGAAUAUAUUUCUAUAUGGUCUCUCAAGUAAACAGUGUUCAGAUUGCUAACGAUUUUUGGCUAUAAACUUGUUACGUAAUACCUAAAUAUGGGCAAAAAAAUAAUUUGGAUAGCUCUUGAUCAAAUUUCUACCCAAAUUUUGGUCAAAGAGUUAUCUAAAUUAUACAGUUUUGAUCUUGAGGUAUCCAAAUUUUGGUCAAGAACUACUCAAAUUACACAUAUUUGGUCAAGAGCUAUCCAAAUUAUUUUUUGCCCAUAUUUAGGUAUCACGUGACAAAGUUUAAGAGAAAAAAUCGUUAGCAAUAUCGAUGUUGUCUGCUUGAGAGACUGCAUAGAAACAUAUGUAAU